CACAUCCCCUGCACCCGCCACUCUCAUCCGCACCCAGUGCCUCCACCGCCACAGUACCCGGUGCACCCCACACAUCCCUCGACCCGUCCCAUCCAUACCCAACGCCCCCACCCCGGCCCCCUCGCGUCCGUCGCCUGCUGCGCACCGUUGGCCACCUUUCAAAGACCCGCAGUCCAACCACAUCAGCAUCCAAUAGACACUCCCACCACGAGACAUACCCCAGCACCGAAUUCGCCAUGAAGUUUUCCGGUUCAGCUUUGAUCGCCACCCUCUUCCUCGCGUCUUCUGCCGUUGCGCGAAAAUAUACUACUACCCUCGAUGUCGAUGAUGGAAACACCUUGGUUCUCUCCGAGCACACCAACGCCAACGGCGCUACCGUCACUUCUACCAUAAGUACCAUCAACGGCGACGACGACGACACUUCUACUUCCACAACCACCACCGCCGGCAGGGACACCACCACUGAACGAAUUGUCGCUUCCACUACAAGUAACGCGCCCAUGAGGACCACCACUUAUUGGGUCGACACUGGAAACGGUCACUGGACAUACUACACCUGGACCGCUCCCACCACCACCGUCCCCACUGUCGCCACUGCCAACGUCGCCCAGGGUUCCGUUGCCAACUAUGAAGCGUACCAGUCUUCCAUCAACGCCGCCGUCUACUCUUCUGCCGCUGCUGAGAAUGACGGUCACAAAAGGGCUCAACCCGUCGGAAUGGACGGUGUCUUUGGCGCGUGGAUGACUUUGGCUGUCGGUGCCGUCGGCGCUGGUCUGGGUGUGCUCGCGCUUUAAGCUGCUGCUUAUCUGCGCGUGGGAGAUGGAGACCCAGGGGCGGCCAGUUAGGCAUUGGCUCCGAGGAUCGGCUGCUUGGCCUUUCUGUAUCUUACUUUCUGCAUUGUGACGGACAAUAGACCUUUUUCAUCCUUUCUCUUUACUUUACGACCGCAUUUUCAUAACCUUGCAUUCUAGCGCGCCGUCUUCUUUUCGCAAGAUUCUGUUUGCUCUCCAUAGUCUUUUGCUCGAGCCCGUGUUAGUAGCAGGUGUGAUGACAUGUUAUGAUACCCUUAUGCUAUCGCAAUGCAUCCAUUGUCC